CUGGUUAGUAGAGAGAGAGAGAGAAAGAGAGAGUGAACGAAGCUUCUUUUAGAGAGAGAAACUCAAGACUGGAGAAUUAGGGGUUUUUCGCUCUGCUGAAUCCGCGCUGUAUGUGUUGACGGACCUUUUUAUUCCGAGUUUUUGAGGAAGGAGGAGGGAGCUUUGAGGAUCCUUAGCCUUUCUACGCCUCAGAUCUGAACGCCAGAUUGAUGGUUGCUUCGGUCUUCAGUAGGCAAAUGGCUCUUUCGAUGUAGAAAUUUGGAUACGUUCACUUUCUCUCUUCCUGUGUUCUGCCAUCAUCUGUUUUGUGAUAUCAGUGAUUAUUUUUGGUUCGCACCUGUGUGCCUCUUUUAUGAUUGUUUCUGGAUUGAGUGACUUUUUGGCUCAAUCACAAUCGGCUUCUGAGUUGGGCUCUCGAUUGAGAGUGCGGGGUAGGCUACUCUCUGCUGUUUCCAUCUCUGUUGCCGAUUGUGAGAUCUGUAUUUUCCGUCUUGUCUUCUCAUGUCUCCUAACCUAGACAGCCCUGUUCAGACCCAAAUGGCCGUGGUACCUUUACGAAGCCCACUUGUUGGGGAAUACCCAGGAAACAAGAGGAUGGAAGCCAAACCUACUACUGGAAGGAGACGUGUAUUCGUGCAAACUGAUUCAGGCUGUGUUCUGGGUAUGGAGUUGGAUCGCAGUGACAACGCACAUACUGUGAAAAGGAGAUUGCAGAUCGCUCUCAAUUUUCCGAUUGAGGAGAGUUCCUUGACUUUUGGUGAUAUGGUCUUGAAGAAUGACCUAAGUGCGAUUCGGAAUGAUUCUCCUCUUCUUCUGACUAGGAACACUUUGCAUAGAAGCUCAUCAACACCCUGUCUUUCUCCCACUGGGAGGGAUAUCCAGCAGAAGGAUUGGAGUGGCCCUAUUGAGAUAUUGGGGAAGUCUACUAGCUUUGCCAAGACCAAACAAACUGUCAAGGAAAUUGUUAAGGCAAUGAAAGCAGGAGUUGAACCCCUUCCCGUCCAUGGUGGACUUGGAGGGGCUUAUUAUUUUAGAAACAGCAGAGGCGAGAGUGUUGCCAUUGUGAAGCCAACAGAUGAAGAACCAUAUGCACCCAACAAUCCGAAAGGAUUUGUUGGCAAGGGUCUAGGCCAACCGGGUUUGAAAAGGUCUGUUAGGGUUGGCGAAACGGGAUUCAGAGAGGUUGCUGCGUAUCUUCUUGACUAUGAUCAUUUUGCUAAUGUGCCGCCAACCGCAUUGGUGAAAAUCACACAUUCAAUAUUUAACGUGAACGAUGGUGUGAACGGAAACAAGCAUAACAACACCAACAACAACAACAACAAGCGUUUUGUUAGCAAGAUUGCAUCUUUUCAGCAGUUCAUCCCUCAUGAUUUUGAUGCCAGCGACCAUGGAACCUCAAGUUUCCCCGUUUCUGCUGUGCAUCGGAUUGGGAUAUUAGAUGUUAGGAUUUUUAACACAGAUAGACAUGCGGGGAAUCUUCUAGUCAGGAAAGUUGAUGGUAUGGGUGGGUUUGGUCAGGUAGAUCUCAUUCCCAUUGACCAUGGCCUCUGUUUGCCUGAAAACCUGGAGGAUCCUUAUUUUGAGUGGAUUCAUUGGCCACAGGCUUCCAUUCCAUUCUCUGACGAUGAGCUUGAUUAUAUAGAUAGACUUGACCCUAUAAGAGACUCUGAGAUGCUUCGAUCUGAGCUACCCAUGAUCCGUGAAGCUUGUCUUCGCAUCUUGACCCUCUGCACCAUUUUCCUCAAGGAAGCUGCUUCUUAUGGACUGUGCCUUGCUGAGAUUGGCGAAAUGAUGAGCAGAGAAUUCCGUAGCGGAGAAGAGGAACCGAGCGAGCUUGAAUUCAUCUGCAUUGAGGCCAAAAGGCUUGUUGCUGAUAAAGAAUUCCCAUUGCUUACCGCCGGAGUCGAUGAUGACGAGUUUCAGUUCGAUAUAGACUGUGAAGACAGCUCAGGAUUUGACUUUAGUCCAAAAAUGGCCUUCACUGAUUUCACUUCAAAGAAUCCCUUUCACACUUCACUGUCAAAACUGGAAGAAAGCAUGGAGGAGGAGGAGGAGGAAGAAGAAGAGGGCAAUAAUAAGAUCCCUCCCCAUCUUCUCAGGUCUUCUUCUACUACCAAGAACGCGACCGUUUCAAAGCUCUCCAUGUCUCUCAAGAAAACCAGUCUCCUAGGGACAAAACAGGAAAGCUCAUCAUCAUCUGGCCACCACCGCAGCGCAAACGAGCAGCUUCCAGCGAGUGCCAAUUUUGUCAAGCUGUCCGACAUGAACGAGGAAGAGUGGGCCCUGUUUCUAGAGAAGUUUCUAGAGCUGCUCCCCCCGGCCUUUGGGAAGCGGAAGUCUGUGGCGCUCGGCCGGGGGCAGAGGCAGAGGCUUGGCACUUCAUGCCAGUUUUGAAGGCGUCUUUUUUUACCGUCUCUUUUUACCAUCAGAGGACUGGGGAAUAACUGAGGACUUCUCCAACUUGUGAGAGUGAAAGAAGGAUGUGUUUUUCCCAUUUCCACCCUGGAGAUGAAGAGGACUGUGAGGACCCAGAGGAGUGGUAGUGUUUUAGUAGGGUUUUGUAAAUAUUGGUGGAGGGGGUAGUGGUUUGGUGAGAGAGCCGUUUAUUUCUUUCUUACACUUUUUCUUUUCUUUCUUUCCUUUGGCUUUGUUACCGAGAACUGCCGAGGCAUGUUGGAUAAAUAAUAUGGACAACUCUAAAAAAAGGUUAUGUAGAUAUAUAUGUUUGGUCUGUUUUUGCUUUAUGACGUUUCUAAAUAUCUUGUUUGAAGUCUUAAAGUGUAUCAA